CGCAAGCUGCCCAGGUCUCUUCCAGGUUCGCUCUGUGCUUGCAGCUGCUCCUGCCCCUCCAACAACCUCGCCCGUGCCUCUUCGGAGAGCUUGCUCAUUUGUCGCAGACGGCAAUCUGCCUGUUUCCAUUUUCUAGCACCCUGCCCGACCCUGAGCCGUAAGCUUCGACACUGUGUCACGGCUGCGCACCCGCAGGUAACUGCAGUUGCUGGGCUUUGUUGGUUGGCACAGGCAGAUUGCGCAUAGCCCAAAUCAGGAACACGCUUACUAUACUCCGGACCCCAGGGCAAAACUCCGUCGAUUGCCAGGUGGCCCGGCUGCGCACCCGGCAACUCGUCCCACGGUGGGAAUGGGUCGUAAACCUGCACCGCAACCGCUCACCCUGGGGGCGUCAGCGCAUCCCGGCGAGGACUCCCGGUCUGGUGAGACAGGUCCCAAAUUUGCGCGACUGCCGCCCGACACUGCCUCGCCUCGCUCUCCGCAUUCCCCUUUUCGACCCGGCCACAUCAAGGCAGAAACCGCCGGUAUGGGAGAGCCACAACCGCUUGCCGACGUUUUGCACCAGCCCCAGCAGUCGCCCGUUCAGCAUGACAAACAACGCCAACGACAAGAGCACGUAGAUCCAGCCCGCGACCCGCCGGAGCCUUCGCCAAGAGAUCACGCUGAGGACCAACAACAGCAGCUGGGCCACAGGCACGCGCGGCGCGGCGAAGACAAGGCCUCGAAAUCGGGCUUCUUUUUCAGUUUUGGCAAGGGAGCCAAGUCGUCGGACCGUUCCAUUGUGCACCAGCACUCCAACUCGCGCGCCGAUAUCAUGUCGAGAGACGCAGACCGGCCGGUUCUGUCCAAACAAAGCACGAAGCAUUCAGACUCGUCCCAUCAGGACCUCGCCGUUCAGAAACCGAACACGCCAUUGCCAUCCAGGUCUGAAGUGUCGCUGGCCUCGACCGUAGACUACGACAGCCCGGGUAAUUCGGUAGCCUCGUCAAAGAGGUCAAAGCCUAAGCCGUUCACUCUGCUCCAUCGCUCGAGGUCGAUCAAGGACAAGGAUAGCAAGGACAGCCCGAGCCCGAAGGAGCACGCUUUAGCACCGGCGCCGGCACCAGCCAAGGUCCCCGAGCCCGAGAGGCCUUACACUUCGGCUGCAGCUCCGAGGACGGCCCCGCUUCAAGCACGCGACCGGUCUUUCAGGGACAUGAUGUCCUCCGCAGUCAGGAAUCAUUCAGCCGAGCGAUCCCAGUCGAGAGAGGUUAGCGGGAGAGGGAAAGAACAGGAGAGAGAGGGCCAUCAAAGGCCACCGGCACCCUCGUAUACUCAGACGCCCGGAGGGGCCUUCUUCAGCAACCUCAAGCACAGCAGAGCGGCAGGCAUCAUCAGCAACCGCAUCUUUGGUGGGAGUUCAAGACACGAGCCGCCGGCCCCUAAGGAACCGGUAGUGGACGACGAGCACUACGUCCUCAAGGUCAUCAAUCUGCCACUUGUCGAACAAGCACGUUUGACCCGAAUAUCCAAGAGGUUGGAGGAUUCUCGAGACAAGACUGAGUUCUGGAUGCCUGCAUUUCCGUGGAGGGCAAUAGACUACCUGAACUACAAGGGCAGUGAGGUGGAAGGCCUGUACCGGGUUCCCGGGAGCGGACCGCAGAUCAAGAAGUGGCAGCGGAAGUUUGAUGAAGAACUUGAUGUGGACCUUUUCGAGCAGCCAGAUCUCUACGACAUCAACAUCGUCGGGUCAAUGCUGAAGGCGUGGCUGCGAGAGUUGCCCGACGAGCUAUUCCCCAAGGAAGCCCAGGAGAGGAUUGCGAGGGAGUGCGCCGGGGCGACGAAGGUGCCGGACCUGCUCGUCGAGGAACUCUCCAAUUUGCCGCCUUUCAACUACUACCUGCUCUUCGCCAUCACCUGCCAUCUAAGCCUCCUCCUCGCACACUCGGAUAAGAACAAGAUGGACUUUCGCAAUCUAUGCAUUUGCUUCCAGCCAUGCAUGAAGAUUGACGCCUUCUGCUUCAAGUUCCUGGUCUGCGACUGGCGCGACUGCUGGAAAGGAUGCAAGAACGAGGCGAAGUACAUCGAGGAAGAGUAUGCGCUCUUUGAUCAACCGCCACCCAAGGGGGUUGGCGAGAAGAAAAACAACGGCAGCAGCAGCACGCGCGAUGAGGAGAAACAGCCGGAAGAGCGCAACAUUUCGUCGUCAGACAGCGGCAAGAGCCUGAACCGCGGUGCAGCCGAGCAGAGAGGGCGGCUCAAGAAGAAGGCACCGGGCGAGGGCGAGAGCGUCGCGGAGACGAGCUCCAUCUCAACAACCCUCACCAUCAACAGUGAGCGGGAAACUCCGCCGCGGAAGUCGGGCGAGUUACGACCCCUCUCGCCCAUCAAGCCGCUGUCUCCGCUUAAUUUUUGAGAAGAUCAUUUCGCGCUCCCCUUAACCCCAAAUUUUCUUCUCGCAUCUCUUUUUCGUUCCUCGCCAUGGGAAUAGCAAGCGUCUGCCGUUUCGCGUCCGAGAGCAUCAUUAUCCUCAACCGUCCGACCCCACGGUCUUGAAGCCGUUGACGACGUUGUUUCCUUCCGGCUCUCGCACUGGACUUGUUUUGUCUCAGCGUUAUAAGACCACCUAUAAAGCCGAUGGCGCGAAUCCCGUCCCUACACGCAGCCAGGACACACGGAGUAC